AACAAACAACAAGAAAACAACAGAGAAACUGACAGCAUGAGAAGUGUGUUACUGUUGGUGUGGAUCAUUGUAUCCAUGUCGGAGCUUGGUAUUGUAAGGUGUGAUAAGACCGCUACUGAACUGUCCAAGAAAAUCACAGACGUUCAUUUCCAACUGUUCAAAUUCAUAGAGAACCAAAACAAAAUGUUGAAGAUGGCUGUGUUUGAGACUGAGUGUACUAGACAAGGAUGUACUUUUAAUGGAUGCCAAUCAGGCGCAAAUGAAAGAAAGAAAAAAGAAUCAUGUAAAAGGGGAUGGAGACGAUUCGGGGAACACUGCUAUGGAAAGUUCAACAUUAAAAUGAACUGGUUUGAUGCUCAGAUGCAUUGUAGAAUGAAUGGCGCCCAUUUAGUAAAUAUUGAGAGUCAGAAAGAAACUGAAUGGUUUAGAAAACGUUUUCCAGAAACGAUAUGGCUAGACAUAACUGACCUUGCUAAAGAUGGGAGAUGGAAAGGGUUUUCGACAGGGAAAAUAUUGAAAUAUUACAACUGGCAAUCGAGGGAACCAAAUGGAGGUGGGCGUGAAAAUUGUGGUGUAAUAAACUUCAAACACCACAAACCUGGAAAAUGGAACGACAUAUCGUGCCAGAAGAAGUUUAUAUUCGUCUGCAAAACGUAAGGUAACCGAUACUACAGGGUGAUGUUACACGAUCAACAAUAAAUAUCAUGGAAUCCGUGUAA